AUGUGGAGAUCUGCCAAGAGCACCAACGCUUUUGAGAUGGUUGCAGACUAUCACCAACAGUAUGGCGAUUUCGUUCGAGUGGGUCCUGCUGAACUUUCGGUCAACCAUCCGGAUGCUAUCAGUGCAAUCCACUCGUCCAAGUCUUCAUGUAUCAAGAGUCCUUGGUAUGAUAUAUUGCAGCCGCAUCGGUCCGUUUUUGGGACACGAGAUCGAGCAGAACAUCAACAUCGCCGACGUGUAUGGGAUCAUGCAUUUAGGCCUUCUGCUCUUAAAGAAUACGAACCCUCUCUGCGAGCUUGCGUGAAUCAGCUCGCCGACAAAGUUAGCAAUCGUGCAGCCUCGGGUACUCCCGUGAAUAUGACUCUGUGGUUUGGGUGCCUCAUGUUUGAUAUCAUCGGUGAACUUGCGUUUGCAGAAUCAUUUGGCACCCUUGCCAAUGAAAAGCCACAUUACAUGAUGCAAUAUUUACACGACUCGAACUUGUCAACUGGAAUUAUGAUUCGUGCGACGUGGCUCAUCAUGUUUUUCCGGAGUAUACCGAUUCUCAAUAGAGGACUGCAACAGUUCCUGGAUUUCUCUGAGACAGCAAUGGAGAAAAGGUUGAAGAGAAAGGAUGACCCGCGAGACAUUUUCGCUUGGCUUUGGAACGAGUUUUCUACCAAAUCACCUCAAACAUUGGAGGCAAGGCGGAAUCUGAUCGCUGAUGCCUCGUUAUCGGUCUUUGCCGGAAGCGACACGGUGGCCAUCACUAUGACUGGGAUCUUGUAUUAUCUGAUGGCUUACCCCGACUAUCAAAAGAAACUGCAGGACGAGUUUGAUGAGGCCGAAGACAGCAACAAUGGCUCAGAAAUCCAAGAUCUAACGAAGCUACCGCUUCUGAACGGUAUAAUCAAUGAAUCACUACGACUUCAUUACGCCGGGCCCUCAGGGUUUCCCCGAAUCACACCACCUGAGGGGAUACAGGUAGGAGACACGUUCAUCCCCGGCAAUGUUCACAUCAAGGUCCCAUUCUACGCCGUCUUCCGGGAUGAGCGGAAUUUCAAAUUCCCCAAUGAGUUCAUUCCAGAGCGUUGGUCAAGUUGUCGCGACCUGAUUCACCAUCCAGAGGUUUUUGCUCCUUUUUUGAUGGGACCAUAUAAUUGUGUUGGCAAGAAUGCUGCUCUGAUGCAGAUCAGGUAUACAAUAUACUCUAUCUUCAGGCAAUUUGAAGCACAGCCAUCGAACAAGAACCAGCUACAGGAAUACUGGAAGCAACGAGCUGACGGUUUCAGUAUGGGACUUGGCCCUCUUUGGACCAUCUUCAAGGAACGGCCUGGACGAGGGACGUCGACAAUUCAAUGA